CCUCAUUCAAAACAGAACACAGCUGUUGAGGGUGCAUCGCUCUGUCCUCGGCUAAUGCCUGCUUGCAACCCCCCCUAAAAAAACGGUCUCCUUUCUCUGUCUGUCGUCUUCUUAUGAACCCGUUGGAAUAUUACAGAGAGACGAUCCCCCCAAAAGAAGAGAACGUCAUCCGGUGCUCGGGAACGUCCAGCAGGCAGGCAGCUUCCAAGUGACUUGUGCGACUUGAUAUACGACGACGAAGAAGACAGUGACGCACAGCAAGAGGCUCAGAGCUCACCUCCAGCACCAUGCUCAUCUGACACACAAACCGGGCAGGGCGGGCUUUGCUGCAGCUGGAGAUGAUGAACAACGCUCUCCUGCGCUAGAGCUGGAUGGUGUGGGAAUGAUGGACUUCCCAAAUGGCCAAUCAAGCCUCGCCCUGACUGCUGUGACCACCUCUGAGAGGAGCAGCAGCUCAGAGUCUCUCAGUGAUAAGGCUUCGUCUGAGCUGAAGAAGAGCUUUGAUGCUGUUGUCUUCGAUGUGCUGAAGGUCACACCGGAAGAAUAUGCUGGCCAGAUUACACUCAUGGACGCUCCUGUGUUCAAAGCCAUCCAGCCGGAGGAGCUGUCAAGCUGUGGUUGGAAUAAGAAGGAGAAGCACAGUUCCGCCCCUAAUGUUGUGGCCUUCACUCGCAGGUUCAACCAGACUAGUUUCUGGGUGGUUCGGGAGAUCCUCCAUGCACAGACGUUAAAGAUAAGAGCUGAGGUGUUGAGUCUUUACAUCCGCACCGCCAAGAAAUUGUGCGAAAUGAACAACCUCCACGCUGUCAUGGCUGUUGUGUCGGCCCUCCAAAGCGCUCCCAUCUUCAGGCUGACCAAAACAUGGGCGUUACUGAGUCGGAAGGACAAGGCGACGUUUGACCGGCUUGACUUCCUGAUGUCCAAAGAAGACAAUUACAAACGUCUGCGAGACUACAUAAGCAGCCAGAGCAUGGUGUCCUGCAUACCAUACUUAGGGAUGUACCUGUCUGACCUGACCUACAUUGACUCCGCCUACCCCUCCACGGGCAGCAUCCUGGAGAACGAGCAGAGAUCAAACCUGAUGAAUAACAUUCUCAGAAUCAUAUCAGACUUGCAAAGAUCCUGUACCUACGAUAUACCAGUGUUGCCUCAUAUACAGAAGUAUCUCAACUCAGUCAGGUACAUUGAGGAGCUCCAGAAGUUUGUGGAGGAUGACAACUACAAGUUGUCACAGAGGAUUGAGCCUGGCACCAGCACGCCACGGGCAAACGCCUCCAAAGAGGACCUUGCUGGCCAGGAGGCAUCUGCGUCUCCUCUCUGUGGCCGUAAAUGUUCGGUGGCGGCUGAAGCCUCUAAAGUCCCGGCAACGCCUCCCUCCCCGAGGAACCUGCUACCGUAUGGACACAGGAAGUGUCACAGUCUGGGUUACAAUAGUUUCAUCCAUAAGAUGAAUACAGUGGAGUUCAAAAGUGCCACCUUCCCCAAUGCUGGUUCUCGCCAUCUGCUGGAUGACAGCGUGAUGGAGAGCAACAGUCCCACCAGGGGUCAAGCGGAGAGCUCCACACUGUCGAGCGGCAUUUCACUUGGGAGCAGCGAAGGCUCCGAGCUCAGCGAGGAAGUGUCAUGGCCUGCUUUUGAGAGGACUCGGUUCUAUCACUCUCUGGGCCCAGUGACCCGUGUGGCCCGCAUCCCCUACAGAGGAGUCCUGAGGCCCAGCAGCUCAGCAGAAUCUGAGGAGCUUGCGGUUCACCUUUAUCCCGGAGCUGUCACGGUCCAGGGGGUGCUGAGGCGGAAAACUGUACUCAAGGAGGGCAAGAAGCCAACGGUGGCGUCCUGGACAAAAUACUGGGUGGCUCUCUGCAGUACGCAACUUUACUACUAUCCUGUCAAGUCCCUAAAGGCCACUGAAAGGAAACAUUUCAAGUCCAAGUCCAGCAAGAGUGUGUGCGUGGUGGGUCUGAUGGCCAUGAUGGCAGAUGAUCCCGAGCAUCCUGAUGUCUUCAUGCUGACCGACUCUGAGCAUGGGAACACCUACAAAUACCAAGCGGGCAACAGGAUGAACGCCUUGCUGUGGUUCAAGCAUCUCAGUGCCGCAUGUCAGAGCAACAGGCAACAGGUGCCGGCCAAUCUGAUGUCAUUUGAGUGAGCAGAGCUGAGGACCGCAACGAACUAGCGGCUAAGGAGUACCAGGAGGAGUCCCAUUGGGAGCUUUCACUGCCCGAUACCCCAUCACCGUUCCUCCACCCCCUCCCUCUCUGGCACCUCCCACUGCAACCUCACCUGCCACCACUGCCUUAACAAGAGAACCCUGUGUGUGUGUGUGUGUGUGUGUGUGUGUGUGAGUGUGUGUGUGUGUGUGUGUGUAUGUUAAGACUACUGAACAAGGACGUGCACCACUCAUCUCUUUGAUUUGAGCACCAGUGUUCAGCACUUGAAUGGCGUCCCCCCCCCCCCCCCCUCCUCCUCUCGCACUGGCUGCCCUCCCCCUCCCCAAAUGGACAGAGCUCAUCCUCUGUUAGUUUGUAUUGUUCAAUAUUUUUCUUUUUUUAGUGACACUCAUGUUGGACUAACCUCCCACACCCUCCGUCUUUUUUUCCCUCUUGAGACGGUCCAGACUUUGAAAGCAUCGAUGCCUCCAGGCGCAGUCUUGGAAUAACAAGAUGAUUUUACUUCCACGUAUUAUUUUUCUCCCCUUUUGUAACAUAAGGGCUUGCUUGGGUGGGCGUGAAUGUGUCUUGUUUUUUAUGACGAGAUAUAAGUCCCUCCCCAUCCUUCGUCCAGUGUGUUGUAUAUAAUAUGUGUGUUUGUACCACGAUCUCAAUCCAAGCUAAACCUUCCUCAUUGGAGGGGGAAGAGACUACAUGACUUACCUUGAACGCUGCCUGGAGCCGUACAGAAAGGAAAGGGAAAAAAAAGUUUAUCUUCUGUUGUUUGGGAGAAUGUGUGCAGCUGGCAGUAUUACCACAUUACUACCACAUUACUACCACAUUACUACACGAUUGCACAGUGUUUUGUCUGUUACAUUUCAAUGUUACAUUUUUCAUCUUUCACUUUUUAUCGCCCCGGCUCCGUUUUAGUAAAGCACCUUGGUGAUGUUUGGUGCCAGGUGAAGGCUUAAGUGCGUCUUCCUGUUUACACAGAGAUAGUGGGGGGGAAUGGCCACCAUCAGAGCCAUGAGGCGGCUUUUAUUCACCCGUGCCUUUUACAUGGAACCCAAUAACACACGACACAGCAUCAUGCAGUCACUUGUGAAUUGCUUUCAGCACAACAGGGCAGGAGACGUUAGUGUUCCAUGUUCAAACAUGUCUGAAGCCACCCCCGAAGGCAGAAAAUGCCCCCAACACUUGGGGAAGUAUUGGGGAAAGUUGGGGAAUUCAAACAUAACUUUACAUAACAAUAACAAGCUGCAGGCAGCAAAUGAUCCCUGGCCCACACUUUAGACACUCCCGUUGAAAGGGAAUUCCACAAUGCCGUGACUACUGUGGCGUUUUAAGACAUGACACUCACGUCUUGCAUCCUGCUGUGUAGAAACCAAUUGCUGCUGUCAGAGAAGUAUUUGAUAGAAGCCGGUGCUGUACACACCGACAGGCCACUUUGCUGGAUUCUGUGGAAAAGGCCAAUAAAUGCCAGAACUACCGUGAUGCGGCUACUUGGGGGAAUCUCUGUACCAAAGGGGCGAGAGUGUUGCGUUGCAAACACGCUAGGCUGGUGGCAAUGACCAAGCAAAUGUUGCGUGUUUACACGGUUGGUCUUCCAUGCUGGAGACAUUUUAAAAAAGUCAGACGGGGGCUGAAGAGGCGAACAUAUCUCAACUCCCAGCAGCGCACUAAUGUGCUUCGCAGAGCCCGACACUUUCCGACUCCUUGCUUCCGCUCCCCCGUCUUGGGGGGGAAGGAGGAAACCGGCGCCGUGUUGACCUGUCGAAGGCAGCUGGCUCGCUGCUGCUGAUUUUUUUUAAAAACAAAAAAUAACCCUGGCAGACAUUCGUUCAUGUUAGACCACAUGCUGAUACCACCCUGGAACACAAGGAAUGAGGAAACCAAAGACAAAGUGUAUUUACAAUCAGCUACAUCAUGACUUCAACGCCACCUCACCAUCUGCGUGUGUGCCUUUGCGCGUGUGCGCGGAUGUCAGAAGUGUUCAAAGCCAAGCAAAAGCAAAACGAGGCUGUGAAUGAAGUGAGAGACUUUUUGAGAGCACUAACAUGCUCUGCUUUCUCCUGCUAGUACCACAAAAAUUUGGACAAAGGAAGGCUGGGGUGGCCAAAAUGCGGCCCCGGGGCCACUACUGUUAUUUUUUUCAAUCAGGCCCUGGUAUAUUCUAAAGAGAAAAUCAAUUAAACACAAAGUAUUUGGACCAAAUCCAGCUCAGAACCAAAAUCAACCAAAAGGCUCGCUUGCUUGCAUGCUUAACAAUAUGAAUUCAGUGCCCCCUCAAUCUUCACUUUUUUUCUGAUAUACAGCCCUCGUUGGAGAAAUUUUGUGCAAAGUGCGUAUGCUUGUACUGAGUUCCAAGGGCUGGAAUCAUUUCUAUGCCGUCAAAAAUCAUUAUUUAGUAAAUGAUAAUUAAGCCACUUUGUCCCAAAAUGUUAGCACAGCUGAAAUGGAGGAUUAUGUAUAACAUGGCAGUAAUUCAUCAUUCAUUCACUUCCUGUUUUUGUGCUGUUGUUUUAUAGCAAAUCCACGGUGGUGUGUGUCUAUGAAGAACAAUGAGUUUUCCUAUCAGGAUUGCUGUUGUUUUAUAGCAAAUCCACGGUGGUGUGUGUCUGUGAAGAACAAUGAGUUUUCCUAUCAGGAUUUCGCAACUGAAGUGUCUCGUGUGCAUUUCACGGUCCCUUAGCUGCUUGUGCCCACACCUUGUUGGUUCAUGUGGCCAUCGAUGUACAUUUUGUGGAUGUUUGCUGGUCGGCUUAUUUGUCCGAGUAACACAAUGACUGGUUGGUGGUGUGGGCGGGCAGGCGUUUUAAAUGUCAGCCCCCCCUCCCGCCUCCACGGCCUCGUAUUUGAGUCAUGGUGAAGUUUCAAAAUCCCCCUUCAUACUGCCCAAUGAAUUACUGUCUUUUACAUCUUCAAGGUGUCAUUGCCAGGCUGCUGUGUUGUUUUGUUGCCAGUGGAAAUGUGAAUCCUGCCUUCUGAGCGUUUUCUGUACCAACUUGAAGGUGGCGAGGGCACUAUGGAAAAUGACCUGUGUGUGUGUGUGUGUGUGUGUGUGUGUGUGUGUGUGUGUGUGUGUGUGUCAUGCCUGUGCCGAGCGCUGUGACCUCACUGCCGAGUGAUGUGCUCCCCGGUGUGAAUGCUGAGAAACAAUAAACAUCCUGACUGUUUUUUUACUCCA